GUGCAGAUGGCCAUCACCUUCCAGAACCAGAGAGUCAUGGACAGGGCCAGCGCAGACCACGCUCUCUUUCUGAAAGAGAAGGACUGCAACUCCCAGAACCCAAUCACCUGCCUGAAGGUGCGGCCGAGCAAGAUGGCGAAGUUGUUGGCGGAGCGGCGCGGGCAGUUGCUGUGGCGGUGCCGGACGGACAUGCCGGAGCCGGCGCCGGAGACAGAGGCCCGACUGACGGAGCUGGAGGAGGAGCUGACGCGGGAGGCUGAGACCUUCCUGGAGAUCUACGGGAAGCGCUUCAAGAAAUUCGCCAUUUGGGCAGGUGUGGGCGCAGGGGCGCUGGCCCUGGGACCGGUGGGCGGAGCUGCCGGUGCCGGGAUCGCCGGUGCUGUCCUCGCUGCCGAGGCGGCUGGGGCGCUCGCCGUGGCCGAGGUGCUGGCCAUUGGGGUUGGGGCAGGUACCGCAGCCGGGAUCUGCGUGGGUGGGGGCGUGGGCGGGGGCGUGGGUGGGAACAUCGCCCGGAAGGAUAGGCAGAGGGCUGAGGCUGCUGGCGACGGAACUGAGGAUCCAUCUGACGACAAACCGCUGAUCUGA